GAAAGCACACAGAGUCUUUGCAGACUACUAAGGAUCAAACAUCCUACCAAUAUGCAAUCGAUUAUAUAACUCUAAGCCUAUAUGAGUAUAUGUUUCUAAGCAUAAAUGACAAUCCAACAAUAUAAACCUAACAGUGAGGCCACUUUGUCAUGUGAAAAUGUGACAGAUAAUCAAGAUAAAUGUGACAGAACUAUCUGGCUCUUCACCAAAUCAAACACAGCAACAAUAACACUGUUUGAACACAGGAAGAUUCACCAAGAGGCCAAAAAUAAAUCAGACAGACUGAAUGUUACAGCAAGCUGUUCUCUGGUUAUAAAGAAGCUCACAGCUGAGGAUGUUGGUCGGUACACCUGCAGAAGGUUCAACAAAUCAGGACAACAGCAAGGUUCAGACUCUGGAGUUGGGCUGUCUGUUGUUAACAUAACUGAAUAUAAGGAUAACGACACAGUGACAUUAAAGUGCUCUGUGUCCACAUAUAAAGAAUGCAAAUACACUGUGAAGUGGCUCUAUGGUAACAAAGACCUGAGGAUGUCACCGUCUACCUGCAGUUUGACCUUUGCAACAUCUGAUCAUAUUUACACAUCCAAGAGUUCUGAGAUGUUGAAGUGCCAAGUGACACAUGGUGGAAACGUGCAGGAGUUUAUCUUCAGUCAAUCUUCUGGUGUGUGGAAGUUUAUUGUUGUAGCGCUGGGGUUAACAGUACUCAUAAUGAGUGCUUUCAUAGGCAUCAUAUGGAAGAGAGUUAAAGGACACAAAUCCCAGAUGAAUGAAAAUGCUGAACUCAAUUUAAACCCUGCAGUGACUCUGUCUGCUCCAGGAACCAUUCAGGACUCUGCUGAAUCUGAAUACGCUGUUCCCUAUUCCUCCAUCAGCUACACCAACAACACCACCAGUAAAGCUCAGGUUGUGGGUCAAGAUGAUGAUGAAGAUGAUGACACAGUGACCUACAUCACCAUGAAAAGUCACAUCGCUUCUGCUGCACCUUCCAGUGAUCCCAGCAGCCUCUAUGCUGCUGUCAACAAACCAGUGAGAGACACCUGUUGAUGAAACAGCUACAGCUCAUAUAAGCUUUCUUAUGUUACACUCAUUAUGGUUUCGCUCACACCCUUUUCAACCUGUUAUUUGUAGCAGAUUGUGUAAAAAUGUUUCUGUUAGGCAUAAGUUCUCCAUGUUUAACAAAAAGGACAUUAUACUGCUCAUUUACAUUUCUAACACAGAAUGUUGCACUAUGUUUUAUCCAUAAAUUGUCUCUCGUUUGACAAAGUUCAGAAUUUAUUAGUGUAGCAACCCCUUUAAUCCAGAAGGGGGUGCUGUAUAUCCAUUAUAACAAAAUGUGAAGCAGUGGAAGAAAUGAUCUAACAUCGUCAGACAUGAUAAAAGUCACAUGUUACAUCA